UAGGGCUUAAAGUUACAUAUUUUUUUUUUUAAGAAAUAGAAGGCCCAAGAUAAAUAAAAACCUAGAAAUACUCAUUUGGUAGCCCAAUACUCAUGUGGGCUGGGCCACAUAACGUUCAUUGAUAUCAUGCGUGAAAAACUAUUGCGCGCGAAAAGCUUAACUGAAGCAGUUUGAUUCUUUAUUUGUGUGUUCAUCUUUAAAGACAGUUUCACUUCACUCGUCUCUGUCUCAGCUGGUUCUUUCUCACUACCUUUGAUUUCGUUGCGCGCCAUUUGCUUCUUUUCACAGUUAUCUAUUUUUAGUUCGUUAAUUGAAAAUGAGCGGUUAUCCCGAAGACCCAGAUGAAUCCAGCGCUCCACCGCCGCAGCCACCGCCGCCACGACCACGGUCAUCACGCCCACCGUUGCCACCACGACCACGGUCAUCACGCCCACCGUUGCCACCACGGCCACCGCCGCCUCCUAGACACACCCCCAAGCCAAGAGUAUUCAAGCGUCGUUACUUCUACAAUGACCCUUCCUUCUCUCGCAGUCCGUUUCAAAAGUCCUUUAGGCCUCAAACUCCACCUGAAGUCUCAGAAAUAGUUAAUAAGAAUCCUUGGACCUCAGCUCGGUUAGACGGGCAGAAGAAUUCGGAAGUUGUGUUUACAAAGUUGGGAGAAUCUUCCAAUUCAGAGGAAGAGGAGGAUACAGGCACAAUUUGUUAUGAUGGUUAUGAUGCGAAGAAGCCAAAAUUCUAGAAUGGUCACAAUCAUUUUUAUGGUUGAUGCAUUCCUAUAUGGUCAGUAAAGAGAGUUUGUCCUGUGUGUAAUCAAGUUUGUCAUCUUAGUCAUGAUCGUUUGUCUUGACAUUUUUUGAAACAAAAGUGCUUAUGUUUCUUAUAAUGCAGAACGUGUUGUGUUGUCAACUCUCAGCAGAAAAUUUAAAG